AGCGGCAAGAACCGAGACGCAAAUCCUUGGAUGAGGAGCAGGUGACGGUCAGGUCGGCAAGGCUAUGCCACGCAGCCAGUCGCUCCGUCUUGUGAUCACCAUGUUGGUCUGAAGGAAGUUCCCGGGCCAAGCGGCGGAGCCCUGGCGAUAUGUCCCACCGGUGGACGGUUUUCGGGUUCUCAUUGUCUCAUAGGAAAGCCCCAAGUCUGACUGAGCCCGCCCUGUUCCAUUCUCUCUCCUAUCUGAUGCUCACCCGCAACUGGGUUACAUCCAGAUUCGUCUUGAUCGGCUCUACUUCACAACAACGAUCUGUCACGAGAAGAUGCUGCAUCAACUCAUCAUGCCUAUGCUUGCAUUCCUGUCCAUGCUGCUGGUGGUACCCCGGGCAGCAUCGGCCGAUUCCAUUUCGGCCUGGUUUGCUAAAGGAAUGCGGGCGCCCCAGGUCAUGAUGUACAAUGAAGACAAGGGCGAAAUAUUCUACAGCUUGUGCAACAGUAAUGGAACCCCGGUCUUCCCAUAUGAUGACAAUCACGUUCUCCGACUCGAUCAGAAGCCCAUGAAAAACACCAGCAUCACUGGUUCCGCAGGAGAUCGAAACACGGCGCUUUUAUACUAUCAGGAGGAAGGGGGCGGUAUCGUCAACGCCAUCUUCUAUUGCAAUGGCACUGGUCACCUCAACAUGGGGGAAGGACAGUCAUGGAUUGUGACUAGCGGGAAACCAGGUAUCCCGUCCAAGGACAUCAAGCCCGGCACAGCUCUCGCUGCACUUACACUGGCCGGGAAAGAACGCCGAGUGUUUUACAAGAACCACGAGAAUAUACCGUCUGUGCUUGAGUACAGGGUCAAUCCGGAUAUUGACGGUGAUGGUGACUGGUAUUAUGGAGGCGCUAUAUCGCAAGACCACACAACUGGGCCUUCCUUUGGUGCCUCCUCCUUGGCGCACAACGGGGAUAUCACGGUAGUAAUGGCUUCCUUCGGAGACACGAAGAUCGAAGUCUCGACCACCGCGCCUUACAUGAGCGACUGGCACAUUACCGGGUGGCCUUAUUUCCUAAGCGCCAUAAAUGGAUCCCAUUACGUCUCCAAUGAGACGGCGCUCACGGACUAUUACUUUACCGGCUCGGACCCCAUGUUAGAGAAGUUCGGCGAAAAUUGUGAUCUUGGUCUCGCAUACACAAAGGCAAGCAACGGAGCACCUUAUGUCGGGAAUAUCUUUUACAUCGGAAGAGACUCCAAGCUUCACCAUAUAAAGGGCAGCCCAGACGCUUGGGAGAAUGGCGCGCAACAGGUUCCUGAGCUUUGGCCUCUUGCCGACGAGCCCUUCGCGAGAAUGGCUGUCACGAGCUACGUAGACAUAGCAGACCUGUGGGUCUAUUACCUGAGUGGUGAUCAAUUAAUGCAGGUAUACAUGAAGGACGGAGAAUGGCAGCCACAUACUGCGUUGCCAAAACCCACCACGACUGCUCCUAACGCGACUGUUCCUGAUGCUUCUGGCGAUGAUAUUGGUGAAGAGCCGGCACCCUCCAGCCUCUCACAGAGUCAAAAGAUUGGUAUCGGUGUCGGUGUUGGGUUUGGUGUGCCCAUCCUAGUCGGUCUCUCUGCUCUCUACAUAUUCCGAUUUGCUAAGAAGUCUCGACAAGGCAAACACCAAGACCUUGCCGCUACUCGUGGUGGAAGUGUUGAGCCUGGGACUGAGAACAACAAGGCUGCUAUUCCUCCAAUGAAUCCAGGCUCUCCAAAUCCGGGGUCCUUUAUGUCCCCAACAUCGGCACCUGGCUAUACUUCUGGCUACUGGGGCGAGGCGCCGGGUCAAUGGAUAAACGGCCAGUGGGUGUUGUCACCACCUCCCGGACUGGACUCCUCCCAGGUCAAGCUAUGGGAACAGUGGCAACAUCAGCAACAGCAGCAACAGCAGCAACAGCAGCAACAGCAACAGCAGGGCUAUUAUGCCCAGCAGUACAGCCAUAAUUCCUAUGACCCAAAUCGCCGCGCCAGCCACAUGUCUUCGUUCCAGCCCUUUUAUGAGCUGGAACAUGAGGGCAGGCCGCAAGAGCUGGGCAUUACACAGUCCCACCCAACGACAGCGCACAAAUGGGAAAUGGCAGCAGGCAAUGUAUCAUUCCAGAGCAACGCUGUCAGUCCUCCUUAUUCAGCCGUCAGCCCUCCGCCACAGGUUGUGAGUCCAGUGCCGGUCGGCCCGAUCGCAGAAGGUCCCAAGGCGACGCUUGAAACAGAUCAUAAAACUUCAGCCCAAUGAAAGCCGGGCCCCUCUCAUCAUGGCGAGUUGAAUGUGAGCGUGGCGGGCCAUUAGGUACGACGAGACUCAGAGCGAUCCUGGAAUUCCGGCUUGCGGCACGACUGUCUUGGCUGAAUCGGGCGGUGCAUGGUGCCUAGGAUAAUGUUGGAAUCAAGAGAAGAGUUGGCUUUGAGAGAGCAGAUUGUAUGGAUUUGUUGAGUUUUGAUUACAGACCAAAAAUCCCUACGCAGGCCAACACUCGAGAUACUCUACAAAGUGCAGCAAGAAAACUGAUAGAUCCCCAAAUCCUCUCAAUUCUCGGGUCCCUUUUGCACACUAUUUGUGAGCUGUCGUUGUUUUG